AUGUAUCUCAUCAAUAAUGCAACGGCACUGAGAUCCAUUUCACUGUGUACCACCAUGCUUACUGUGCACACAGCGUUCUGCAAGCGUGAUACCCAGAUGCGUGCUUCAGCAGUGAAACCACAGACGGAGCAUCAUACCGAGAUGCCUGCCUGGCUGCCUCCUUGCCUGCCUGGUUCCCAGGGCAUGCUGGGUAGAUUACCACACAUCCAGGGUUCAUCUGGAGUUAUCAUUUCUGGGUCACCUCAAGUGACACUUAGGAAGCUCUCAGUCACUCCCACAGAAAGGCCAGUGAAGGAGCAGAGGAGGGGAGGUAGAGGAAAAAGGACGGAAGAAGAAGAAGAAGAAAAAGGAAGAGGAGGAGGAAGAUCCACUGUGGUACAGGGAACCACAGGCUAA